UCUCGGCUUGGACAGUAAAACUAGGCUGGGGCAUGCAGAUACCUUGUUUUGUUUUGUUGGUGAGGAGUAGAAGUUGGACUUGUGGUUAUGCCGUUUUGCAAAGGUAAAAAACAAAAAGGGUAUGUUAGAGAACUAAGAAGAGAGCACCACAGAAACAAUGCGCGCCAUUCCUGUUUCCCCAGAAUCACACUGCGUUUUCCUAUUCCCUCAACCAACAACCCCUUCCUUCUCUUCUAAUUCCAUUGCCAUAACCCACUCCUUCCACCCUUUUCAUUUCAAGCCCCACCAUUCCCUAUCCACUCCCAAACCAUGCUCCUUCAAGUUCAGAUCUUUGUUAUACUGUGCUUCCAAAUCCGACCCCACCACUUUGGAAGAUGAUGAGGUGUCAGAAGAGUCCUUAGUUGAGGAUGGGGUGUGCAUAGAGGUGAUGAAGCUGGAAAAGAACUCGCGCAGAAUCCAAUCCAGGAUUUCCAUCGAAGCUCCUCUUUCUGCUGUUUGGAACAUUUUGACCGAUUAUGAGAGGUUGGCUGAUUUUGUUCCUGGCCUCGCUGUCAGCCAAUUGCUCCAAAAGGGUGACAAUUAUGCUCGUCUUUUGCAGAUUGGACAGCAGAACAUAGCAUUUGGGAUAAAAUUUAAUGCUAAAGUAAUUGUAGAUUGUUAUGAGAAAGAAUUGGAGACUCUUCCUUCUGGUAUGAAGCAGGAAAUUGAAUUCAAGAUGAUUGAAGGAGAUUUUCAACUCUUUGAAGGAAAAUGGUCUAUUUUGCAGCAUUUCAACAACGAAAGUUGUGAACAGUCUCAAGUCCGACAAGUUAGUACGACUCUCUCAUACACUGUUGAUGUUAAGCCAAAGAUGUGGUUGCCAAUUCGUCUCAUAGAGGGUAGACUUUGCAAUGAGAUAAAAACGAACCUUGUAUCUGUCAGGGAUGAAGCUCAAAAAGUCACUCUCAAGACUGUGCAAACACAUCAAUUCGAAUGAGUUAUGUAAUUAAUGAUAUAUUGUGGAUCAUACAAAAAAAAAUGAAUACAAGUAUAGUUCACUCGUCACUGCUCAUUUUGUAAAUCUUCAUGCUUGGUCUUAUACGCCCUCUAGAAUAUCUUCAAGGUCUGGACCACCUUGAUCUUUACGUUGAAGGUUGAACCAAUAUGCCAUUUUAGACUUUAGAGUUAA